AUGAUUGGGGUGGUGUCACGCUCAGGGCACCUCGUGCUGGAUGGAGCUGCGGCACUCGUCGUUUCAUCAAGCAAAGCUGUGAUCGACGCCGUGGACAACCUCUCCGUUCUGCUGGCCAUUAGUAUCCUCCUAAAUGGCGUCCAACCUGUCCUUUCAGGAGUUGCUGUUGGAUCAGGGUGCCAAGCACUAGUGGCUUAUAUAAACGUAGGAAGCUAUUACAUCAUUGGAUUUCCUGUUGGACUUCUGCUGGGUUGCAAUCUGGGAGUUCUUGGGAUUUGGGCAGGGAUGAUUGGUGGCACUGCAGUUCAGACAUUCAUUCUGGCGUAUAUUACCAUGCGAUGUGAUUGGGACGAAGAGGCCUCUAAAGCAAGUAAACACAUCCAAAGAUGGGCAGGCUCGAAAUGAGUUGGAGUGCCAAUGCCCUCAUCUCAAGGAGCGGUUGAUGAAGAUUAUCCUAGAUGGCCAUUUUCUGAAUGGAAGUUUUAGUUGAAUCAACAUCAUGUAGUACCAAGAUGGACCCGUACGUGAUCCUUACUACACCAUGCGGAAGUACGGCAGCUCAUGGACUAUGGGUGCAAUUAAGAGAGAUGGCAACAUAGGACUUCAAAUAUUAGGCUAUGUGUGUAGGCAUAUAUUUCUAUUUUCACGUUAUCCGCACUUGUUGUACUUUAGUACUUGAACUUCGUACUUUAACUUUAAUGAAGUUGUGUGCAUUACAAUGAUGCAGAGACUCGGGGUGAUCCUCAUUUUCUAAAAAUAUGUACUACCAAGAUGGACAUGGCACAAGUACCUAUUCGCCUCACAAAGUAGUUUACAUGAAACAAGAGAUUAGGGGGAAACUUUGAGACAAAU